AUGGAGGUUGUGGAAAGUGGAGCAAAUGAAGAAUAUAGAGUGCAAGUUACGUCUAAAAAGAAAGUAACGGAGCAGCUGGAGAAGUACAAAGAGGUUUUAAAGACAGCUUUAAAAGGACAGACGGAGGAAGUGAAGCAGGCUUUGCUGUCGGAGCUGCUGGCGAACUUUGAGGCGGCCGUCCAGGACAACGUGUUGGUGAACGGACUGCCCUGGGAAGAGGCGCCUGAUGUUGAAGCAGAGGACGAAGCCGACGAUCUGGAGAGCCAGCUGGAUGACAACAUCGUGGAGGCCACCAGGAGGCGCAGGGCGUACCCCAAAAAGAUCCUGCGUCACGCCGUCCACUCGCUCAAAGCUGAUCGCAAACUCAUGGGACUUUACGAGAACACGGCCAAACCUCAAGAGGCGUUCAAAGACCCCGAACAAGAGAGCAUCAUGAACGACUUGUCAGCAGCAGCUCCAGGGGUGGUCAAACAGGCCAUUCAAGCUAUAAAGUCAAUCAACUCUCUGCAGAAACAGGCUGAAGGCCUUUGUGAGAUCCUCGACAUGAAACCCAGCCUCGCCUCUCUGGAGAUCCAAAGAGAAGUGUUCGGCUGCGGCGGCGACGGCGGCCAAUCAGACGCUCCGCUGCCCCCUGCGAAGAGAGCUAAUGUGGACAAGCAGCCAAUCAAAAGAGCCGUAGAGGAAGAGGCGGCUAAAGACGGCUACGUCAACAAACCAAGCCUCCCCUAAAGGAGCGGGCGAGCCGGACUAAGACGGACUAACUCUUUAGUUUCCAGCUCUUUUUGUACACAGUAAAUAUUUGUAAAUAUAACAUGACUCUUUAAAUUUCCCCAACAUUUUAUUUCAAAGCUUCUGACAUUAAAACCCUGCAGGUGUUAACUCAGAAAUAAGGUAUCAUUGUAUUUAAAUGAGGCCUAUUGACCAUCAUUUAUACAAAUAUGUGUAAAACCAGUGUUGAUAAGUUCGUUAAAAAGGUUUAACACAGAAUUGGGAGAUAAUUGAAACCUUAUACCUGAUAUAUAAACAGUAAAUACGACAUUACAGCUUUCUUCUUUACCUUAUAACUCCUAUAUUAUAAUCCAAACAACAGGGCUCGUUC